UUGACCUUCAAGGUCGUAGUUGUCAAAUAUGUUGAAAUAGUGCAGUGCGGUAUUUCUUUCAAUAUCAACAAAAAUAUUUUGGGUGAAAGUAAAACUAGUCUAGACUCCCAAGUGUUUUUUUGGUUUAAAAAAAACUAAUUCAUGAAACAUUAACAUGGCGUCUGAUUCUAAAAAUCAAAUUAUACAACGACCUAAUUCAGAAAACAACAAGAAAAACCCAAUUAAUUUAUUCCCCAAGCACUCUGAAUGCUCGCACGUGUCCUGUUACUGUGAAGAGAAUGUUUACAAGUUGUGUCAAGAUGUAUCUUCGAGACACUCGACUGAAUUAAAUAAAUGUUAUGUAGUUUUUGUCUCAAAUCCAAGUCGGACGGUACCUUUGUGGAGACAACGGGCCGGAAAAGACGAGGAUAGAUUAGUUAUUUGGGACUACCAUGUGAUUUUUUUGUAUCAUCCUGAGCCGGAAAAAUGCUUGGUUUACGAUUUAGAUUCUGAAUUACCUUUUCCUACUUAUGUUCACAAAUACGUGACGGAGACAUUUCGUACAGACCACAUUUUGAAGCCGGAUUAUUUUAGAUAUUUUAGAGUGAUUCCAGCAACGGAAUUUUUGAGAGAUUUUUCGUCUGAUAGAAGACACAUGAAGAGGCCGGAUGGUACGUGGAUAAAGCCACCACCUAAUUAUCCGGCGAUUCAGACCGCUGCAAGUGCUCAUAAUCUGGAAGAUUACAUUCAAAUGGAUUCAAGCAAAGGCCCCGGUCAGGUUUUGAAUUUGACUCAAUUUGUGCAACGCUUUUACAAGCCUGCAACAUAGUUAUUCUAACGACGAAAGAGUGAACAAACUAAGUCAAUUUUGAUUUGUGCUCUUAACUAUAGUAAGAGAGCAUAAUAAAUAUCUGUCAUCGAAAAUCUUUCUUCUAUGUAUGUCUUGAUAUAUUUCUCUCAAACUUUUACUCUACUCAGCUAUUAAAUCUUGUUACCGUAUUUCUGAAUGUUGAUUGGGGUUUUGAUGUCUUAUUACGGAUUUUUAAGCGUUUGAAGUACUGAUUUUAUUAGCUUUGAUGUCAAAUGUGCUCAUUUGUAAAUUUUUAAUCUUGCCAUCCACAUAUUUCUUAUGCUUACAUUUCACUUAAAAUGUGAUAUUUUUCUUUAGGAAAGACAUUGUUGGUGAAUUUUCAUUAUGUAGUUUAAUGUUACAUGUCCACAAAUUUAUAUAAGAUUUACUAAAACUUUUAUAUAUACAUGUAAUGUAAUGUACAUUGUGUCAUGUUCCAAUUCUAAAUAUUAAUCUUGGUGUUAAUAAGAUUCAUUUUAAUCUGUAUGACUAUUCGGCUACAGUCAUUUUAUUAGCGUAUUUUUACGAUAAGCCGUACAAUUUUCAAUUCAAAUUUUUACUAAGACUGCACAUUUGCCUUCCAUUUUAUCAUAAUAUACACAAAAGUGAAAUUUAUUACGCCAUUUGCAAGUACAAUCAGUUUAUUGUGGAGUGUUUUUUUUUGACUUUUUACUAUUUUUAUUGUUUUCAUGAUAAGUAUUUUAAAGUACAAAUUAUUUAAGGAUUCUUUUGCUUAGAACCUAAAGGCCUAAUGUAAGUGUUACUUGUAUGUAGCUUAGCUAAUUUUGUAACUCUUGUCUUAUUGUUACAGUGAAUUUGUACUUUUCAAAUUCAAUAAAGCACUUUAAAAACUAA